AGUUUUUCCACUUUCUUUGGCUACACUUCAGGACCCUCCCCCGUCGGAUGGGACUCGGCUCUUUCUCCCUCUCUGUGUGUCCUCUUCCAAUUGUUUACACCGCUUGAAUAUUUUUUUUUUGAAAGAAGUGUGGAGAAAUUAAAAGAAACGCGUUUAUUCUCCUCUCUUUCGUCUGAUGGAAAGUUGGUGCCUGACUGGUGCGAUAUAAAAACGACGCAUUAAUCCUGGAGUUACUGGCUGGCAAGGAUCAUGUCCACUCUGCAGAGCUCCGCCCCCCUGCUGCUGCUCAGCUUCCUGAUUGGCCUUGGCUUCUCUCUCAACCCCAGAGACCCUAAUGUGUGCAGCCUGUGGGAGAGCUUCACCACCUCAGUUAAAGAGUCCUAUUUUCAUCCUUACGACCAAGUGACAGAGGAGCCCUGCUCGGACCCACGGACCUCCUACAGAUGCACGCGCCACAGGAUCACCUACAAGACGGCCUACAGGCAGGCGGUGAAGACCAACUACCGCAAGAGGUACCAGUGCUGUCCAGGCUACUACGAGAGCAGAGACAAAUGUGUCCCUCGCUGCACCAAGGAGUGUGUUCACGGUCGAUGUGUCGCUCCGGACCGCUGCCAGUGUGAGGGAGGCUGGCGAGGCGACGACUGUUCCAGCGCCUGUGAUGACAAACACUGGGGGAAAACCUGUAUUGAGCAGUGCAAAUGCGAGAAUGGAGCGCUCUGCGAUCCUGUGAAGGGGGCGUGUCUGUGCCCUCCAGGGUUCAUGGGACGAUACUGUGAGGAGUCGUGUCCAGCGGGGAUCUUCGGGAAAGGCUGUCAGCAGACAUGCAAGUGUGAGGCGGGAGGAUCCUGCGAUAAAGCAACCGGAGAGUGUAUAUGUCGGGAGAGAUUCACUGGGACUUUCUGUGAGAAAGCGUGUUCCAGGAGAUGUCAGGCUCGCUGCCCCUGCCAGAACGGUGGUAUCUGUAAGGGCAAAGGAGUCUGUGACUGCCCCCCAGGAUGGACGGGUUCAGUUUGCACAGAGCGCUGCCCAGAGGGGAGGUUUGGAUCAAACUGUGCCGAGGAGUGCGUCUGUCACAACAGGGGCAAAUGUGACCCUGAAACCGGACAGUGCAAGUGUGCUAAAGGCUUCACUGGUAACAGAUGCAACGAGGAGUGUGCUGCAGGUUCUUACGGUCAGGACUGUAAAGGUGUGUGUGACUGUGCUAACGGUGCUCGCUGCUACAACAUCGAUGGAGGCUGCCUGUGUGAGCCGGGGUUUCACGGCCCACACUGCAGGGACAGGAUGUGUGCACCCGGCAAAUACGGCAUGCACUGUGAACGCACGUGUCUCUGCCAGGACAAACACACCCUCAGCUGUCACCCAAUGAAAGGGGAAUGCACCUGCCAGCCGGGGUGGGCGGGGCUGUUCUGCAACGAGACCUGUGCCCACGGUUUCUAUGGUCACGGUUGCCUGGAGCCGUGUUUGUGUGUGAAUGGAGGGGUGUGUGAUAGUGGGACCGGCCAGUGCAAGUGUGCGCCCGGGUUCACGGGGGUCCACUGUGAGAGUCCAUGUAAAAGCGGCACCUAUGGAAAGAACUGCUCCUUGGAGUGCUCCUGCAAAAACUUUGUGGACUGCUCGCCUGUUGACGGGACCUGUUUCUGCAAAGAAGGCUGGCGGGGCUCCGACUGCUCCAUCCGCUGCUCCGAGGGAACCUGGGGUCCAGGAUGCAACGCCACCUGCUACUGCGCCAACGGGGCAAAAUGUAAUCCUGCAGAUGGAUCCUGCACCUGCACGGCCGGCUGGCAGGGGGCGCUCUGUGACCAACCGUGCCCGAUGGGCACGUUUGGGCCAGGCUGCCUGAAGAGGUGUGAUUGUGUUCAUGCAGACGGCUGCCAAGCCACCACCGGGGAGUGCCACUGUCUGCCAGGCUGGUCGGGUUCUCGCUGUAACCAGCCGUGUUCAGAUGGUCUGUGGGGGCGUCACUGUAACCAAACCUGUCUCAAACACUGUCCCAACAGCGACACGUGUGUGAGGGAAACUGGAGAAUGUGUGUGUCGCCCAGGCUUCUGGGGAGUCACCUGCCAAAACAAAUGCCGAGCUGGUAUGUACGGAGAGCAGUGCAGCAUGUCGUGUCCGUCCUGUGGCCAGCUGUACCGCUGCCAUCAUGUGACCGGAGAGUGUGACUGUCUACCUGGAUUCACAGGAGCCAACUGUGAUCAAGUGUGUCCGACAGGCUACUUUGGCAAACAGUGUUCUGAAGUGUGUGUAAACUGUGCCAACAACUCCACAUGUGACCACCGGGACGGUCACUGUGAAUGUCUGCCCGGCUGGACGGCCACUGACUGCUCCAAACCAUGUAGUCCAGGAAGCUUUGGCUCGUUCUGUUCUCAGACCUGCUCCUGUCCCGCACACCUCAUCUGUGACCGUUUCACUGGAGACUGCGUGUGUGAAAGUGGAGAGGACUGUAAAGAAGACUCCUCUCUGCAGACAGGAAGCGUCAUGGUUCCUCUACCUCCCGGUGAGAGGGAGUCAUGGGGAGCUAUUGGUGGCAUAGUGGUGCUCGUCAUCCUGGUGGUGUUACUGCUGGCUCUGCUGCUGCUGUACCGCCGCAGGCAAAAAGACAAGCAGAACAACACACCGACUGUCUCCUUCUCCACCACCAGAACGGUCAACUCUGAGUACGCCAUACCAGAUGUUCCUCACAGUUACCACCACUACUACUCCAACCCCAGCUACCACACUCUGAGCCAGAGCCGACCUCCACUGCCCCACCUGCCCAACAACCAUGACCGCACUAUCAAGAACACAAACAACCAGCUGUUCUGCAGCGUGAAAAACAUGGAGAGGGAGAGGAGGGGUCUGUUUGGGGUUGAGAGCAAUGCCACUCUACCUGCAGACUGGAAACAUCACGAACCCCGCAAAGACUCAGGAGCUUUUGGAAUCGACCGCAGCUACAGCUACAGUGCCAGCCUCGGAAAAUAUUACAACAAAGAGCUGAAGGACUCAGUGGCGGUGAGUAGCAGCUCUCUGAACAGUGAGAAUCCUUACGCCACCAUUAAAGACCUGCCCGGCCUGCCCUACUGCCCCCCGGAGUGCAGCUACAUGGAGAUGAAGUCAGCCGUGCCUCGAGAGCGAGCGUACACGGAGAUAAGCCCGCCGCCUUUCAACACGGCCACUUUACGCAGAGAGCGCCAGAGUUCCCUCGGUCAUGCUCCACAAGAAGACCCCCAGAGCCACUACGACCUCCCCACUAACAGCCACAUCCCAGGACACUAUGACCUGCCACCGCUCCGCAGACCCCCCUCCCCCUCCCUCAGGAGGAGUCCUCAGUGACCGUUGUACCAGCAGAGAAAGUCUCCCUCCUCCUCCUCUUCCUCCUCCCCCUCCUUGUGCUUGGGAUGCUCUGAGAGACAGAGCAAACUUUACCCUCCUCUCCUCAGAGUUGUGGACCACUUACAGAGCAGCAGUGGGGCGUCUGUCCGGUCCCACCAAGGAGCUUUUGUUUACUGUGGAGGCUCCACUUUAACUCAACACUGCCCCUCUGUGGGCUGAAGUGGUACUUGCUGCACCAGGACGGUCCUGUCAUCCAGGCAGAGGAGCCAGCAGACUGCAAGAGAGGAAGGCUGCACUGUGGCGACGCCAGUGGGGCUUCUGCUGCAUUCAACUCUCACAGGAAAUACAAAGAGAAGACUUAAAGACUAAAAGCAGCAACUUAGUCAUUUGUAUGUUUUUAAACUUACCGAAACAGGCUGUAAAUGAAGUUUUCCACACAUCUAGGUCGCUGCUGAUUUGAUGUUGAAUAGGCACGUAUACAGAAUUCAAUUUUCUUGUUUUCUACAUCAAAAGUGAUUCAUUUGGUUUUUAAUCUGCUUCUUUACGGUUACAUUUCUUUCCAAACUCGAAUUCUUUUAUGUGCAAUUACAAAUGAAGUCAUCCCAGCUGGACUGUCCACAUGAUUUUAUCACUGAAACCAUCUGAACAUCAGAAAAUGAAAAAAGCCAAAGCUAAUGGGACCUAAUAGUACCAAAGAAAAAUCCUCAAGACUGACACUCAGGUGUCAGGAAGCUGUAAAGUCAAGUUGUUUCACAUAAGAACCAAAGAUUUGUAGAUCACCUGGAGGCCAACAUGAAUGGCCUUUGUGUUUUUGAUGGUUCACUUUAGUUUCUUCUCCAUAAUGAUGAAGGAACGAAGCUCAUUAGCUGCUGUCUACCAUGUAAAUAGAGAAAUAAAUAUAUUGUUAGCUUCACUAUAAUGUAGAAAACCAGCCCUAUUAUAAGAUGGUCAUAUUUUUACAGGGUUCAUGUGAUCAUUAACAUUUUGCUCAGUUAUACAUAUUGUAAGCUCAGUGUAAUAAAACUGUUUAUGUCAUGGAAAACAAACCAUCAUAAAGCCGGAGUCAAAAUCCAAAUGGAAGCAGUGUUAUGAAUGUCAGCACUGUUUGACCGCUGCAGCAACCUCUAAUGUUCAAAGAAGACAAUGUGCAAGUUCUAAAAUCUGCAGUUCCUCAAGUGUCCACUAGAGUCAGAAGUUAGGUUGUGCAAUGCUUGAAGCAGAUGAUGUAGUCUUUAAUAGAAGUGUGCUGCAGAAGUUCAAUCAGCUUAAUUAUCUCUCCACGCCUCCUGAUUGUUUUAAUUUUCACACCGACUCGUGAUGUCAUUUAAGACACUUAAAACUUCACACAGCUCCCCCUGCCAGAGCCUUUUUCACAUAUUCAGCAGGACUUCAGUGUGUAACAUACAGUAGGUGCACUCCCCACCAUGUUUAUAUAAGUCUUAAUGAUUUAUACAGAUAUGUUGAAAUCUGUCUCUGAUCAUUCUGCUUCAAAGUUGUCUUCAUAACCACUUUAUGUUUAAAAAUAAAAGCUGUUUUUCUGGUGAUAAACCACAUUAACAGAAACACCAAGACUUGAAACUAAUCUAUAUAUUUCACAUGGUUGAAUUUGAAAUGUAAUCAGUGUUUGAAAUAAUUUUGUCUUAAUUUGUCUGAACUGUUUAUCAUUGUUUAUCGUCGAUCAGUCAUCAGUUUAGAAGCGCUGCAGGGUCUUUGUAACAUACACACACACACACAUGCUCUUUGGAUACUUCCGACUUGCUAUGCUUCCUCUACAGUGUGCCUUGGAUUUUUUUUCUUAUUUUACAAGAACAGUUUUCAUUAAGUUCACAUUUUUUACCCAUGCAGCCUUCACAAGAAGUUUUAGAAAUGAUUUUGUAUGAAACUCAGAUCCUAUGGUGUAAAAUGUCCUGUAAAUACAAACCCUGUGUACCAGAAGAAUGUACAUCAUGCUUUAAAUGCUGUAGUGUUGGAUAGAGUUUGAGCUUCUUUUCCAUAAGGCCAUAUAUUUUUGAAUGUAACCAUGGGAACAUGUGUAUAUAAUGUAAAUAAAAAUGGCUGCACUUUUCA